AUGAACUUCAAAAUCCAAUCAGUUAGAAGCAUAGCUCAAAUUAACCCAACUACGGCAGGAGACGUACUUAAUGGUCUCCAAAUGCAAAGAAAUUAUAAUAGACGAAAUUAUUUCGAUCAUAAUAUAGAUGGAACUUGUUAUAUUUUCACUCCAGUCAGAUCUGGGAAAACCUUUUACUUCAUACAACCAGCACGGCAAGACUUUAUUUUUAAUGCACCACCAAUUUUCCAUUCCGACUUAGCCAAAAUUUCAACAGAUAUAUACCUUAUCAAAAACCAUCUCGAUUCAAUUGAUAACACAUUUGCAACACAAACGAAAACCUCCACACGCAAUCUUGAAUCUAUAUCAGAGCAACUUGAUAGCGAGAUUACCAACUCUGCCGGAUUCUUGGAAUCCAAUGCAGCACACUUUCUUCAGUCACAGAAAAAAGGCAUACUUCAGUCCUUGGGUAUGCAUAAGCUAGUUAGAACUCUCGUUAUCACGUCAUUCUGUCUUCUUGUACUUAUCGUAAUAAUAGUCCUCUACUUCCAAUCAUCACUAAUCCGAAUUCUCUUUAACAUUAUCUUCCGAAUGCUCGCCAAUGCCGCCUUGUUCAUCGUAAACAACACUUGUAGACGCAAAUCCCCUCCCAAGGAGGAUACAUCGGAAGAGAGUCCUCCAAAUAACGGAGCCAACGAGCGUCCACGAGCAGCUGUAAGAAGAACUAGGCGAACAAAUGAACCACACACUACGCUUAACAUACCAGCAUUUUCGGACAUCUCACUUCAUACGGUGCCACCAUUUCGGCCAAUACCAGAACCAUCACGGACUAGGCAAUUUCUGAAUUUUCUUCCAAACGUCUCAUGCAUUCAUAAUGCGAAUUCCAGCCCAUUGAUGUACAUCUCAACCAAUCUUAACAACUCACAUGUUGUGGCCCUCCUAGACACUGGAUCGGCUAUUACACUCAUUUCCGAAACCGUUGCUCGCAAAAUUAAUGCACAUCUUCUCCGAUCAACUAAUACAACAGGUAUUACGGCAAACGGUACUCCGAUGCACCUCCUUGGCCAAUUCACCCCUAACCUAACUAUAGGAGACAAAACCAUCAGAAUAUUAUGCUACGUUGCUCCAGAUGCUCAGUGUUCUUCUUCAUUUAUCAUAGGUAAUGACGUUCUUCCUCAAUUGGCUUGCAAACUAUCGAUAGAUUAUCAAGCUAGCACCAUUUCGUUAGAUGAAAUGUCAAUCCCUUUCGUCACCACUGGUGUCAACAACUACAACUAUCUCCAACUUCCAGUCCAUCUAAUCGAGGAUACCACAUUUCCACCAUUUUCGGAUACGGCAGUCGUGGGCACCACUAAUACCUCAUUUCCGAAAGAUUGGGAACUCUUCACAUCAGACGACCACAAAACUCUACCACUGGGUGUCCAAAUCGGAAAGACGCUUUCGUGUCCAAACACUCAGGGCAGGGUCAUCUUAAGGAUCUUCAACGCAGGCUCAAAUUCAAUAACACUUCGCAAAAACAUAAAUAUGGCAACAGCAACUUUCGUCGGAGCAAACAUGCAAUGGAAACCAAUAUUUUCAUGA